AUGGAUCCUCAUGUGGAUGGACAGGCAUUGCUGCCUCCACCGCCACCAGCUAUAAUACCCCAAGGUGUUGUUCCUUUGAAGGCCAUGGAGAUCAAACGAGUACCAAUGGCUAGGCCUAAGAACAAUGGCCUUGGCCGUAAGGGACAAAAGAUUCCCUUGAAUACUGGCCGCAGUGGAAGCCCUGAGGGUGAUGGUAGCCUGAAUGAGGGCGAUAAGAAAAGAUCCAGGCGUCAAGGUCGAUCCAAGACGUAUAAAGUUACCAUCAGCUAUGCUACCAAAAUCCCGCUGCAGGCUAUUGCAAAUGCACUUAGUGUAAAAGAGUCUGAACAGUUUCAAGAUGCUAUGAGGGUUCUGGACAUCAUUCUGCGGCAGAAUGCUGCAAAACAGGCUUGCCUUCUGGUCCGCCAGUCAUUCUUCCACAAUCAUCCAAAAAACUUCAUUCCCUUGGGAGGUGGCGUGGUUGGAUGUCGAGGAUUCCAUUCAAGUUUUCGAGCCACUCAGGGGGGUCUUUCUCUAAACAUUGAUGUAUCCACUACUAUGAUUGUAAAACCAGGGCCGGUCAUCGAUUUUCUGAAGGAAAAUCAGAAUGUGAAAGAUUCAUCUAAGAUUGACUGGGUGAAGGCCAAAAGGAUGCUGAAGAAUCUAAGGAUUACAGUUAGCCCCUCCAACCAGGAACAGAAAAUCACUGGUUUAAGUGAUAGGAUCUGCAGAGAUCAACGGUUCUCAUUCAAGCGAGGAAAUGAAGAUCCUGUUGAGGUUACAGUCUAUGAGUACUUUGUUCAUUAUCGGAAGAUCCCAUUGCGAGAAUCUGGAGCUUUGUACUGUAUAAAUGUUGGAAAGCCAAAACGCCCGACUUUCAUUCCUAUCGAGCUCUGCUCAUUGGUUUCCCUGCAACGAUACACAAAGUCUCUCUCCAAUCUGCAAAGAUCUGCCAUUGUGGAAGCAUCUCGACAGAAGCCUCAGGAAAAGAUGACAACCUUGACUGAUGCUCUCAGGGUUAGUAAUUACAAUGCUGACCAUCUUUUGGCAAGUUCUGGGAUUUCAAUUAACUGCAACUUUACGCAAGUGGAAGGCCGAGUAUUGCCAGCUCCAAGGUUGAAAGUAGGCAAUGGAAAGGACUUCAUUCCACGAAAUGGACGGUGGAACUUCAACAACCAGAAAUUGGUUGAGCCCGUCACAAUAGAGCGUUGGGCGGCUGUGAACUUUUCUGCUAGCUGUGAUGUUGGUCAUUUGUGUAGGGAGCUUAUAAAGUGUGGGAACCUCAAGGGAAUUCAUCUCAGUGGAUCAUUUCCAACAUUUCAAGAGAAUCCUCGUCAUAGGCAUAGUCCUCCUCAUGUGAGAGUGCAACACAUGUUUCAAGAGAUGGAGCAAAAGCUUCCACGGGAUCCUCCUCAGUUUCUUCUCUGCAUUCUCCCAGAAAGGAAAAACUGUGAUAUCUAUGGUCCAUGGAAGAGGAGGUGUCUUUCAGAGGUUGGAAUAGUAACUCAAUGCAUUUCACCUCCCCGUCAGGUGAAGGACCAGUACCUAACAAAUGUUCUUCUGAAAAUCAAUGCCAAGAUGGGAGGCAUAAAUUCUUUUCUGACUGUCGAGCGAUCACCGUCCAUUCCAAUUGCUGGAAGAGUCCCGACGCUCAUCUUAGGAAUGGAUGUCUCUCAUGGAUCUCCUGGUCGUGCAGAUGUUCCCUCAAUUGCUGCGGUGGUAAGUUCCAGAUGCUGGCCACUGAUUUCUCGCUAUCGAGCAGUGGUCCGUACACAGUCACCAAAAACUGAGUUGAUUGAUUCCCUGUGCAAGAAGUUGCCAAAUGGUGAAGAUGAAGGAAUAUUCAGAGAAUUGCUGGAUGACUUCUUUCGGUCUAGUGGAAGGAAACCUGAACAGAUCAUCAUCUUCAGGGAUGGAGUGAGUGAGUCUCAGUUCAAUCAAGUCUUGAACACUGAACUGGAUCAGAUUAUGGAGGCUUGCAAAUUGCCAUAUGAUGAGCAGUGGCGUCCCAAGUUUAUGCUGGUAGUGGCACAAAAGAAUCACCACACAAAAUUCUUUAAGGCUGGUGGAUCCCCGGACAAUGUUCCACCUGGGACUGUUAUCGACAAUGGUGUUUGCCAUCCUCGAAACAAUGACUUCUAUAUGUGUGCUCAUGCUGGACUGAUUGGCACCACCAGGCCUACCCAUUAUCAUGUUCUCUAUGAUGAACUUCGAUGUUCAGCUGAUGAAUUGCAGGAGCUUGUUCAUUCUUUAUCAUAUGUGUAUCAGAGAAGCACAUCAGCCAUCUCCAUAGUUGCUCCUAUAUACUACGCCCACCUUGCUGCUGCCCAAGUGUCACAGUUCAUCAAGUUCGAUGAGUUGUCCGAGACAUCUUCUGGACAUGGUGGACUAACUUCUACUGGUGUUUUAGUCCCCCAACUGCCUAAGUUACACAAAAACGUUCGCAACUCAAUGUUCUUCUGUUGA